CAAAACAUAUAUUACUACAAUUUUACAAUUCUCCACACACUUUUAACAUUUUAAUUAAUUUGUAAAGUAAAAAAAGAAUGAAUAUGAAUAUCGGGAUUGGAUGAUACUAAUUUAUUCACAUAAAAGUCGCUUUUAGUAUAAAACUGGACCGACUUUUGCAUCUACUUCACCACUAUUUCCAGUCAAACCAGAACCCUCUUUCCCCUCCGGUAUUGUUCCUGCGUUUUCGUCCGGUUCCAACAAGAAUCGUGUAACUUAAAAAAGAUUUCAGUUUACAGUUUGUAGAAUUUCUGGCCAAUUAGAAGCGAACACGUAAAUAUCCCAAACUGCAAAUCCAAGAUUUGCAAAACCCUAGGUAGCUGUCGAUCUUCUGCGCGCGCGCGCACACACUAACAUCACGUAGACAAGUAUGUGUAAAUUUGUUAUGUGUAUGCGCUGAUACAUACACAUUUUGUGAGAGAGAGGGAAAUUCGCAUGCGAAAGGGAAAUGAUUGGGAUGAUCAAGCUCGACGUGCGUUGAAUUGAUUGGCGGUCUCAUUGUUUAAUGGCGUCGUCGAAGAUCAUGGCUUCUUCGACAUCGCGCGAUUCGGAUCUCAAGCGCAAGCUCUCGGCGUGUACUUCCACCUCCUCGACUGCAGAUUUUCUCAGGAUUGAUAGCGGCAGCAAUGCUCGCGGUGAUUUGGCCUCCGGUUCUGCGGUGCUGGGCGGAUUUUUGAGUAAUGCUUGUGUGGCAAGGAAUUCGGCUCCGGAUCAGGUUCAUCGGGCGGCUGUUGAGGCGGAGAGUAGCUCGAGUACGCUGUUGAAUGCAGAGAUCACGCUUCUAGACGCGGCUGGGGCGGUUACUCCGAUUAGCGAUGGAGAGAGGGAGCCGCCGAGGAUGGCUAGGAAAACGGUGGAUGAUGUGUGGAGGGAGAUUGUGGCGGGGAAGAAAAGUGAGAAGCAGCCGAAGGAGGAGAUGAUGACUCUGGAGGAUUUUUUGGCCAAGGCUGGCGCGGAGGAGGAGGACGAGGAGGUGGAGGCGACGAGGACAAGUGUGGAGGUGAAGGAGGAGGGUUUAAGUGGGAGGUUUUACAGUUUGGAGAGUGGCUCUGGUGCGAUUGGAGCGGCACUGAGUGGGGGGUUGGAUGUUGGGGGUUUGAGUGGAGGGAGAGGGAGGAGAAGUUUGAGUUUGUUGGAACCCAUGGAUAAGGCUGCGCAGCAAAGACAGAGAAGGAUGAUUAAGAACAGGGAAUCUGCAGCGAGGUCUAGAGAGCGUAAGCAGGCGUAUCAGGUGGAACUGGAGUCAAUGGCGGUGAGACUGGAGGAAGAAAAUGAGCAGCUAUUAAAAGAGAAGUUUCCGAUCCAAGCCUUGAAUUUCAAGUUAAAUUGGAGAUUCCUAUAGCCACAAAUUUAUCAACAAUGGUAAUUCUUGAUUCAUACAUUUUCUUUUAAUUUGGAAACUAAUUUGUGGUAGGAGAAGAAUAGGAUUUUUUGUUCUUAGAAACAUAGCUUCGCUCUUUAUAUUUUUGAUUGGUUUGAGAAUGCCAUGAUAAUUUUGGGAGGAAGUGCAAAUUUGUUUAAAGUAGAGUGGUGGAAAAAGUGCAUUAUUUUAUAAGAGGCAGAAUGACGUUAUGGUGAUGAAAUCUAGGCUUUUUAUCUAAAUGAGGAAAAGAACUUGACCUGAGCCAUUUUAGAUUUAUGCAAAUCAUUAUGAGCAUCUGAGUGGUUAUUGGAAAUCCAAAUUGUCUGAAUACUAAUUUUAUCGAAUAAACGCCGCAAAUUUCUGUGUCUUGUAUCCAAAUCUUGUUUUUUCUGUGUGAAAGUGUUUUUCCGAGUGCUUAUGAUCAGGCUUCGAGCUGUUACUCUAGGUUUACUUUGAUAUUGGAGUAGUCUAUGCUUCACCAAUUCGUAGUUUUCUGUCCCUGAUUGAUGGCAAUCUACUUUUGAGAAGCUAUUAUUGUUCUAUAUGUAUUCUGUCUAUCAGCAUAUCUUGAUCUACUGUG